AUGGACUUCCACAAGUUCUUAGACAACAAGUGGACUAUCCUCUUCAGCCACCCUGCCGACUUCACACCCGUGUGUACGACUGAGCUUGGAGCCUUUGCGAAGCUCAAGGAUGAAUUCGAUGCGCGAGGCGUCCAGAUGAUUGGCUUGAGCGCCAACGACUUGAGCUCCCACGACCAGUGGAUUGCCGACAUCAACGAGACGUCCAACACCACCGUGCAGUUCCCCAUCAUCGCCGAUGCCGAUCGCCACGUCGCUUUCCUCUACGAUAUGAUCUCGCAAGACGACCUCGACGCGCUCCAGAAGAACGGCGGCAUUGCCUUCACCAUCCGCUCGGUAUUCAUCAUCGAUCCAGCGAAGAAGAUCCGUCUUACAAUGUCAUACCCCGCGAGCACCGGCAGGAACACCGCCGAGGUACUGAGAGUCAUCGACAGCUUGCAGACAGGAGACAAGAAGGGCAUCGCUACACCCAUUGACUGGCAGAAGGGCCAAGACGUCAUCGUGCCACCCAGCGUCAGCACUGAGGAUGCCAGGAAGAAGUUUGGCGAUGUCAGGGAGGUCAAGAAGUACCUGCGCUUCACCAACGUUGGGCAAUAG